AUGGUUUCCGACAUCGAAAAACUCGUCAGGACCUGCCCAAGAUGUGCAUCCCUGGCAGAGGGUCAGAUCAAGUCUGAACUACAUUCAUGGCCGAAACCGCACUCGCCAUGGACUCGAGUUCAUGCUGAUUUUGCUGAAUCAAUGGAAGGACAAUACUAUCUACUCAUCGUGGACGCCUAUUCCAAGUGGCCAGAAAUCGUCCAGAUGUCCUCGAUCUCCUCAACGGCUACCAUCCAAGCAAUGAAGUGCAUCUUUGCCAAGUUCGGAAAUCCAGAGACGCUCGUCACGGACAACGGAACGCAAUUCACGUCGUCUCACUUCGCUUCUUUCUGCCGUUCCCGAGGAUUCGUGCACAUUCGCACGCCCCCGUUCCAUCCACAAAGCAACGGACAAGCAGAACGUUUUGUGGACACCUUCAAAAGAGGACUUGCCAAGCUGAGGGGGAGGAACCAACAGUGGACGCACUACAGACGUUUCUGA